UUCUAAAAUGGAAAAAAUUCAUAUUAAAAAACGACGAAAAAUGAACUGAUCUGGUAUAAUGAGGAGCAAAUACUCUGGAAAACAGCUUCUAACAUCUUCAUUUGUAAUAUUAUCUUUCAUUUUUGGAUGUAUAUUUACUUUGGCAUUGAUGCCCAUAGACAAGACCUGCCAGAUAGAUAAUUCCGAUAGGGAAUAUAAUAUAAUGAAGAAUUCGAAAUUAAAAAAUCCGGAACUUAUAAUCCUUAUACUGUCGGCGCCCACGAAUUUCGAAAGAAGAAAGGUAAUUAGGGAAACCUGGCUAAAAUUGAAACCUAGUGAUGAGAAUGUAUUCAAAGUGAAGCACUACUUUGUAAUAGGGGUAGUAUCUCUACCACUAGAUUCAAAUAAACUUAUAAGCAAAGAACAAAUUCAAUACAAUGAUAUCCUAAUGUUACCAAUAGAAGAUUCUUACAAAAAUUUGACAGAAAAAAUGAAAUUAAGUUUUCAAUGGUUAGAUACACAGUACGAUUACGGUUUGGGUUUUAAGUACGUGUUGAAAUGUGAUGAUGACAGCUUUGUAAAUCUAAAUCAAUUUGUAUUAUGCCUUAUGAAUAUCGAAAAAGAGAUGAUUACCACAAAGCAUGAUGGUUAUUUAGAAACUGAUAUUACAAACAAACUUAUAUCAACCAAUUUUCAAAACAGUGGCCCUGCUGAAAUAGCACAUUUAUAUUGGGGUUAUUUUAAUGGUAAUGCGAAAAUAAAAUCAAAAGGGAAGUGGAAAGAUACAAAUUGGAUUGCAUCAGACAGAUAUAUUCCAUAUGCAUUAGGAGGGGGAUAUCUGGUUUCUAAAGAAUUGGUUUCAUAUAUUGGUAGAAACAUUGAGCAUCUUAAGUCUUUUAAUUCUGAAGAUGUAAGCAUCGGUUUUUGGUUGUCACCAGUAAAUGGUGUCUUCAGAAUUCAUGACAUAAGAUUUGAUACGGAAUGGGCUUCUAGGGGAUGCAAGAACAAUCACCUCAUAACCCAUAACAUUUCACCAGUGGAAAUGACACAGUAUUACCAGAAUUUGGAAAAAACUGGUAAAAUGUGUGCAAGAGAAGUAACAUAUAGAGCUUAUUAUGUUUAUAAUUGGAGCGUUCCCACUAGCCAGUGUUGUAAGCCUAGUAAAUGACUGUGAAAGGUUCAUAAACAUUUUUUGCAAUACUGAAUUGACAUUUGUUACAAUGCAAACAACUUUUAAAUGUAUUAUUAAAUAACUUUUUGGUUGUUACAGGAU